UUUUUAAAAAAUUGUGCAAAGCUUUCUUCUUUAGCCUUAAGUAAUCCAACUUUGGAUAUAGGCCUCCCCCAAAUCAUUCCUGUGUUUUCUAUUUUACGUCACUUGCUUCCAGUUGUGUCUUCCAAUCUUUUUAAUCUCAUCAGCCCAUCUCAUUUGUGACCUUCCUCUGCUUCUCUUUCCUAACCAUGAUCUCAAUUUUGUGAUUCCAUCUUUUAUUCUUCAGUCGUGAAAUGUGUCCUGCGAAGCUACAUUUUAAUUUGGCAGUAUGUUUUCCUGCGCCUUUUGUUUUGGUUUUGCUUCUAAUCCAUUUAUUUUUUUUGCCUAUAAGCCUCACCCUGAGCAUUGAUCUUUCCAUCACUCUUUGUGCCUUUAUUAUUUUAUUAAUGUUGGCCUUGGUGAGUGUCCAUGUCUGUAAACCGUACGUAACUAUAGGGAGGAUACACUAACCGUAAACUCUGGUUUUCAACUAUUGUUCUAUUUUAUUGUUUUUCAAGAUCCAACUCAAUUUUCCAAAUCCUACCCACGCUAACCUUAUUCUUCUGGUAAUUUCGGCAGUUUGAGUUUCUUUGUUAACUGUCAUUAUCUGUUCCAGUUAGAUAUAUUCGCUUAUUCUUUCUAAAUGUAUGUCGUUUAACGUUAUUUUUGUAAUGUUCGGUGUAUUCGUCACUAUUUUUGAUUUUUUUCUAAGUUUAUCUUAAGACCGACUUUUUCCGAAGCUUGAAAUAGUUGCGUCAUCAUGGUCCAUAAUUCUUCGAAACUUGUAGCGAAUAUUACAAUGUCGUAUCGGUUAAUGUCUUUGCACACGUCUUCUAGUCCCAAUGUGUAAAGCGUUGGUGAAAUAACGUCUCUAUGACAAACUUCUCUGUUGAUUGUUAUAGCUUUGGUUUUCUCAUCUAUUUGUAUUUUCAUUGUAGCUUUCUUGAAUAUAUUAUAUAUAAGCAUUCUCUAUCUAUCCUACAGUUGUUUAUAGCUCUCUCUAUCGCCCAAAGUUCUAUGGAGUCGAAUGCCUUUUCAUAAUCAAUGAAGCCAAUGUAUAAGUUCAAGUGAUAUUCAUUGACUUUCUCUAUUAGCGUUCUGACAGCAAGAAGAUGAUCCACUGUACUCUAACCCUUUGGAAUCCUGCCUGCUCUACUGGUUGAUAACUAUUAAGCUUCGACGACAACCUAUUAGGUAGUUAUUGCUCUCAUAAACAGUUUUUAGAUUUGACAUAGCAGGGAGAUUGGCCUAUAGUUUUUCAGAACUUCCUUGUCUCCUUUUUUGAAGAGAAUUAUUGUCAAACUUUCUUUCCAAUCAUCUGGGACUUCUCCUUUAUUAAGACAUUCUUUGAAAAGAUUUUUCAAUUCUUCGAGAAUAAUUUCACUACCCUUCUUCAACAUUUCGGCAUGCAAUUUAUCCAGGCCCGGAGUCUUAUUGUUCUUUAAUUGUGCCAAAGCUAUUUUCAUUUAUUUUCAAAGAUCCUAUAUUAUGCAUAGUUUCGAAGGAUUCUAUAGUGUAAAGUAUACGAUUUGAUAGCAGACUAUGGCUGGGAAUACCAAGAAAAUUAGUGGAGCUAACUCAAAUAUGCGUAAAAGUCAUAUGCACAGGAAAGAAUAGGAAACAGAACGUCGAUACAAUUUAAUAUACCAUCAGAACUUAGACAAGAAGAUUCCUUGUCACCGUUAGUAUUCAAUUCGGCCUUUAUUUACCAGAAUAUGCAAUAAGUAACAGUCAUCCGAGCUAACAAGGGUAUUUGCGAAUCAAGGAUCAAAACUAUUAUUGGCCUUUGCUGAUGAUCUAGAUUUAGAUGCAGUCGCUCAUUCUACAAGAUAUAUAGGAGAGGUGUUUUCAGAACUUGAAGAAGACACAGGUAGUCUGAGCUUUCAAAUAAAUUACAUUCUCGUAACCAAAAAUCCAAGACCAAGACUUGACCGAGUACGCCACGAUAGGCUAAGAGACAUUCUUGAAAGAAAGACAUAGAUAAUAAAGAUCUGCGAAUAAUUCGCAACUUAUACUGGAAUCAAAAAGCUAACAUCAAAAUGGAAAAUGAGAUAUCAAAAGCAAUAGAAAUACGUAGAGGAGUACGACAGGGAUGCAUUUUGUCACCAUUGCUAUUUAAUGUAUAUAGUUAAAGCAUCUGCCAGGGAGCCCUUUUGCAAGCAAAUGAAGGAAUCGUAAUCAAUGGAGAGGUUGUAAAUAAUAUUCGAUACGCUGACGACACUGUACUAGUUGCAAGAACAGUAGAAGAAUUACAACGAUUACUUUCAAACAUAAAUAUUGCUUGCAACAAUUAUGGCAUAAACAUUAAUAUCAAAUAAACCAAGUAUGUAUAUGGUCUUCAGUAAAAUCAUGACAAAACCAGCACAUAUUAGUAUAAACGGCAUUCAAAUUGAAAAAGUAUCAAGUUACAAAUACUUGGGAACUUUAAUAAACGAAACUGGAGACCAAAACAAUGAAAUAAAAAGACGUAUCGAAAUUGCCAGGGCCACCUUCAUAAAGAUGAGAAAAUUCUUCUGAAACAGAGAUAUAAGCAUCCCUCUACGAUUAAGAAUGCUAAGAGGCUACGUAUUUAACACGCUAUUAUACGGUAUAGAGCAGCGUUUCUCAACCUUUUACCCUUUGCGACCCAAUCUUCCAUAAUUAUUUUCACCGCGCCACCCCCCCCCCCUCGUUUAAUAAUUUUGACAAAAAACAGUAAAAUCUUACUUUUUAGUAUUGAGUGCUCUUUAUGAUUAUAACUCCUAUUCAAGUUCAUGUGUAUUUUAUUUUUUUAUUUUGUCAGAAUGUUGUUUUGCUUUGAUUUUAGUAAAUUAGUUAAUGAUGUUGGUAUAUUUUUUUAUGUGCUCACGCCCCACCAUUAAGGCGGGUUGACAUUAAUAGUGAAUAACGAACGUUGCUCAUGCUUACGCAAUUCACCCUUGCAACACGACUAGUGUAAACGGAUUUUCGUGCAGCACGAUUGUCUAACAAAUGGUCUACGCCACGCCACGAUAGACAAAAACGGGUUGACAUUACUAGUGAAUCACGAACGUAGCUCACGUUUACGUAGUUCACCUUUGCAACACGACUAGUGUAAACAGAUUUUCGUGCAGCACGAAUGUCUCACGAAUGCUCCACGCCACGCCACGAUAGAUAUUGAACAUGUUAAAUAUUUCACGCUCUAAAGACAGUCGUAGACAGUUUGUAUUGGAGUAAGUAGGUACGUGCACUUUACCUAAAAAAUGAACGUCUCGUUAAGAAUGAAUGAACGGGAGACCGUUAGAUUUGUGGAAUUGUAUGAAAGUGAGCCUGUACUCUGGAAUGUAACUGACCCAAGGUAUAACAAAAAAGACGCACGAACCGCAGCCCUAGAAAGAAUUGUUGCUCAGCUAGAAAUAGAAAAUUUUACAUCAAAACAUGUACUAGAGAAGUUUAAAAACUUACGGAGUUCGUAUUUGCAAGAAUUGAAGAAAAUUAAGAAUAGCACCAAGUCCGGCUGUUCCGCUGAUGAUGUUUAUGUGCCAAAAGUGGUUUGGUUUCCGAUAAUGCACAGAUUUCUAAUGCCACACGUAAAAUCAAGGAAAACUCAUUCUAAUUUGAAUGAUACGCAGUCACAAGACCAUCAGGAUCAGGAAAUACAUGUCAUGGACACAGAGACACAGGAUACUGCAUAUAUACAUACUCAAGAUAUAAAUACCCAAGACGAACAGGCUACCGAGACGCAAGAUAUUCUUAACCAGGAACAAGUAAGUCUGAGAAAGGAAGAACAAUCGGACAACUGGCCGAAUAACCCUUCAGCAUCAACAUUUAAAAGAAAUACAGGAGCAACAGCCGUUUCUCAUCAGUCUUCUCAGUGUACAAGUAGUGGUAAAAAGAGGAAAGUUGUACACACUUUGGCAAAUAGUUAGUGCACAAUUACAUGAUUCCAACAUUCGUGUGGCUCUACAAAAAUUAGAAGAUAUAUCUCGUGCAGCUCAAACGAGUUUGGCCAACCAAAACCGUGAAGAUCAUUUGGAUCAAUUUGGAAAAUAUCUCGUGUCGUUGUUAAGAAGCGUGCCUAGGGCCAAAAGCUUCUUACUGCAGCAAAAUAUGAUUACACAAGUAAUGGCAGAAAUUUUGCUGGACCCAGAGACAUCUACAACGGUCCAUCAGAGACGCCUUCCCCAGGCUUAAUGGAAGCAAAUAUGCUGGACCCAGAGACACCUACAAGUGCAUCACCAGAGAUACCUACAACUGUAACACUAGAGGCUUCAGGCUACUAUAACCGCGACCACUGUCAACAGUUGUCAGACGGCACUGAUGUUCAAACUAAUAUCAUAUUAACUAACCUUUAAUUUUUUUCGGUCUUUCAAAAAAUUUAAAUGUAAGUUUAAAAGUUUAAGUUUAUUUUUAGAAAUGUAUAUUUUUUUAAUAAAGCAGU